UUGGAGAGACCUGUGAUAAGGAACACAACAUAAUGAAAAUUUCAUCUGUUUGCCAUAAUGGAGUUGUAUUGUAUUGUAUGUAUUUGGUUUCGAUUCAUGUUAGGGUGAUUGGUGUAGGAUAAUUGGCCUUCUGUGAUGUUUGCAAUGGCAGGAGGGGUGGUACUUAGCCUUGGAAAUCUCUCAACUCAGUAUGCUUGGGCUUUUGUUGGCUUAUCAGUCACAGAAGUGAUCACUGCAAGCAUAACAGUUGUUAUAGGAACAACCUUGAAUUACUUUUUAGACAAUAGAAUUAAUAGAGCCGAGAUCCUUUUCCCUGGCAUUGGCUGCUUCUUGGUUGCAGUUUGCCUUGCUUCUACUGUCAACUCAUCUAAUGCAGCUGAUAAUAAAGAAAAGCUUGAAGGUUUUUCAUCUAAAGAGGGGUAUGUUUCAAAUAAUGAUGAUCUUUCGAAGUUCUUCUUUCAUGUUGUUUCUUCAAUUUCUUAUAUUACUGAUGCCACACUGGAAGACAGUUCCCUUAAUUUGAUAUUGGAUAUUCUUUGCAAACCACUCUAA